AAACAGCUGAUAUUAAAGCUUCCCAGGGUUCUUCCUUUCGCUGCUAGGGUUUUUGCCAAGUAGAAAACGGGAACGCAUCCCCUGUCAUUUGAGCCGCCGCUCUCUUCAGUCUCAGAAGCCAGCUUGUGAAGAUGUAUACUUCAAGGAAGAAGAUCCAUAAGGAUAAGGAUGCCGAACCAACUGACUUUGAGGAGUCAGUUGCCCAGGCACUCUUUGAUUUGGAGAAUACCAACCAGGAGCUGAAGAGUGAGCUGAAGGAUCUCUACAUAAAUUCAGCAGUUCAAAUUGAUGUAUCUGGGAAUCGGAAGGCUGUUGUUAUUCAUGUCCCCUACAGGUUGAGGAAAGCUUUUCGCAAGAUUCAUGUUAGGCUUGUGAGGGAGCUUGAAAAGAAGUUUAGUGGGAAGGAUGUGAUUCUCCUUGCUACCAGGAGGAUAUUGAGGCCUCCAAAGAAAGGUUCAGCUGUUCAAAGGCCACGAAGUCGCACUUUGACUUCUGUUCAUGAGGCAAUGCUGGAGGAUGUUGUUUUACCUGCUGAGAUUGUUGGGAAGCGCAUUAGGUACCGACUUGAUGGAUCAAAGAUAAUGAAGGUAUUUUUGGACCCCAAGGAGCGAAACAACACAGAGUACAAGUUAGAGACCUUUGCUGCAGUUUACAGGAAGCUUUCAGGCAAGGAUGUCGUGUUUGAGUUUCCGGUAACAGAGGCAUAGGAAGUUUUUUCUGUGCAAUGCACCUCUUAUGUGUUUCUUUGUCCUCCAAAGAACUACUUUUCCGAUUGAAGUAUUUAAAAUUUUGACAUUUACAAGUUUCUAAGCAAACAGGAAGAUGUCAUGAUGGAUUUUGUUUGCCUUGGUGUAGGAUUCUAACGUUUUAAGGUGGUGUUAUUUGACUUUAUAUAGUUGGUUCAAAUUUAAAUAUGAAUCUGUAUCUUUGUUUUUUUAGUAGAAAACAGGAAUUUAUGAACCUGAAAACCAGUACAAU